UACUGGAAACAAAGAAACAAAAGGAGGGUGUGUUGUUCAGGAAGUACAGACUGUAGCUCAGCAGGUAGAAUUACUAACUGGAAGGUUGGAGGUUUGAUCCCUGGCUGCUCCAGUCUGCAUGCCACAGUAUCCUUGGGCAAGAUAUGGAACCCCGACUUGCUCUCCGAUGCAUCCAUCAUAGUGUCAUUGUUAGAAAAAGAAGUGCUUGUGUGAAUGAAGCACGCUGUAUAAAAUGCUUUGACUGCUCAUAUAGAAAAGCAGCUUAUAAGAACUGGUUCAUUUUCCAGAUAAUUCCACUAUUAAGACAACAGACAUGUGGGAGGCUUUCUCCUGAGAGUCACACUGAAAGUCUUGCUGCUCCUCCACAAAAUGAACUCUUCAGUUUAGAUUUGAUUAAAGACACAGCUCAGCUAAACACAACUCAAACUAAUCUACACUAUUUUUCUUUAUUACGCAGCAUUUUUAUAACUAUUUCCAGAUGUUUCUAAAGAUGAAAACAGAAUUAAACUCCAGCCUGAUCCGUUUCUGAGGUUCCUGACUCUGAACGUCCCUCAAACGCCUCUCUGAUCGUUUCCUUGCGUCGCUUUUACUUUCGCUUUCGUGAAUGUUGUGGCGCAGUUGAUCGUCUCCAUGUUAAGCAGCAUGGAUCAGUGUGAGGACAGAGAGGAGGGAGUCCCUCCCUCUAAAAGCACUCUGUGUGGGGAACAUGAGAGCCAGACCAAAGCUCAGAGCCCAGAGCUGUGGGGCGUACCAGGCUCAGCUGGACAUAACCCUAAAACUAAUCCAGAACCUGGACCUGAACCCAGCUGUGUUUCCUUAAAGAGCAACGAGUCGAAGGGUCUUGUUGUAAACUUUAACAAAAGACUGUUAUGUGACAAAGAGAUCAAUAAGAGGCCAGAAUCUCCUGGACCUGAACCCAGCUGUGUUUCCUUAAAGAGCAACGUGUCGAAGGAUAUUGAUAUAAACUUUAAAGGCUGUUCUUCUGCUGCUGAGAGAGUGGAGCAGGAGAGAGCCGAGGUUUCCACUGGUCAGUCUGCACAGCAACACCAAACACACCUGGACUCUGUGGUUAUGCGGCUGGAGGACAACAUCACCAUGUUUGUGAAGAACGAGCUGAAGAAGAUCCAGAAGCUUCUGAGUCCAGAUCACCCAGAAACGUUUAAGAGCCAGAUGGAGGAUGAGGAGAUGUUUGAAGGUGAGGAUGAAGAUGAAAGAAAGAGCUGCAGAGAAGCAUUUCUGAAGAUCACACUCCACUUCUUGAGGAGACUUAAGCAGCAUGAGAUGGCUGACCAUCUGCAGAGCAAAAUAUGUGCUCCACUCUGUAAACGUGAACUUAAAGCCCAACUGAAGAAGAAGUUCCAGUGUGUGUUUGAGGGCAUCGCUAAAGCAGGAAGCCCAACCCUUCUGAAUCAGAUCUACACAGAGCUCCACAUCACAGAGGGAGGGACUGCAGAGGUCAAUGAUGAACAUGAGGUCAGACAGAUUGAAACAGCAUCCAGGAAACCAGACAGACCAGAAACAACCAUCAGACAAGAAGACCUCUUUAAAGCCUCACCUGGAAGAGAUGAACCAAUCAGAACAGUGCUGACAAAGGGAGUGGCUGGCAUUGGGAAAACAGUCUUAACACAGAAAUACAGCCUGGACUGGGCUGAAGACAAAGCCAACCAGGACUUCCAGUUCAUAUUUCCAUUCACUUUCAGAGAGCUGAAUGUGCUGAAAGAGGAAAAGUUCAGCUUGGUGGAACUUGUUCAUCACUUCUUUAAUCAAACUAACCAAUCAGGAAUCUGCAGGCUUGAAGACUUCCAGGUUGUGUUCAUACUUGAUGGUCUGGAUGAGUGUCGACUUAAUUUGGACUUCAACAAAACUAAAGUCCUGACUGAAACCAGAAAGUCCACCUCAUUGGAUGAGCUGCUGACAAACCUCAUCAGAGGGAACCUGCUCCCUUCUGCUCGCCUUUGGAUAACAACACGACCUGCAGCAGCCAAUCAGAUCCCUCCUCAGUGUGUCGACAUGGUGACAGAGGUCAGAGGGUUCACUGACCCACAGAAGGAGGAGUACUUCAGGAAGAGAUUCAGAGAUGAGGAGCAGGCCAGCAGGAUCAUCUCCCACAUCAAGAAAGCUCGAAGCCUCCACAUCAUGUGCCACAUCCCAGUCUUCUGCUGGAUCACUGCUACAGUUCUGGAGGAUGUGCUGGAAACCAGAGAGGGAGGACAGCUGCCCAAGACCCUGACUGAGAUGUACAUCCACUUCCUGGUGGUUCAGGCCAAAGUCAAGAGGAUCAAAUAUGAUGGAGGAGCUGAGACAGAUCCACACUGGAGUCCAGAGAGCAGGAAGAUGAUUGGGUCACUGGGAAAACUGGCUUUUGAUCAGCUGCAGAAAGGAAACCUGAUCUUCUAUGAACCAGACCUGACAGAGUGUGGCAUCGAUAUCAGAGCAGCCUCAGUGUACUCAGGAGUGUUCACACAGAUCUUUAAAGAGGAGAGAGGACUGUACCAGGACAAGGUGUUCUGCUUCGUUCAUCUCAGUGUUCAGGAGUUUCUGGCUGCUCUUCAUGUCCACCUGACCUUCAUCAACUCUGGACUCAAUCUGCUGGAAGAACAACAAACAAGUUCUCAGACAGAGAAAUACUUCUACCAGUGUGCUGUGAACAAGGCCUUACAGAGUCCCAAUGGACACCUGGACUUGUUCCUUCGUUUUCUCUUGGGUCUGAAGACUAAUCAAACUCGUUUGCAAGGCCUGAUGACACAGACAGGAAGUAGCUCACAGACCAAUCAAGAAGCAGUCAAGUACAUCAAGAAGAAGCUCAGUGGGAAUCUGUCUGCAGAGAAAAGCAUCAAUCUGUUCCACUGUCUGAAUGAACUGAAUGAUCGUUCUCUACUGGAGGAGAUCCAACAGUCCCUGAGAUCAGGACGUCUCUCCACAGAUAAACUGUCUCCUGCUCAGUGGUCAGCUCUGGUCUUCAUCUUACUGUCAUCAGAAAAAGAUCUGGAUGUGUUUGACCUGCAGAAAUACUUUGCUUCAGAGGAGGCUCUUCUGAGGCUGCUGCCAGUGGUCAAAGUCUCUAAAAAAGCUCUGUAAGUUAUAAAGUUUUUAUUAUUUAAUUUGGUUGGUAUGUUAUGGAAAAACACACUGCCAUCAAAUUCUGUUUUGUUUUUGUCAGAAUCACUGGAAUAUA